AAAUGCCCAGUAAUUCCCAGUUACCUUAUAUAUUGUUCUCAUUUGAGAAAAAUUAUUUAUUCCCUUAUACACUAAACACAAGAAUUGGUAGAAUGCCACCUCUAUACGAGGAUCCCAUUCAGGGUGUUGCCUUGAGGAUCGUGGGCAAUGGUAUUGGCACCAAAAUGUACCCAGAGAGUUGGAGUCUAUCGGAUCCGAUCUUCCUGCGCCACGUUUUGGUGAUGAUAGUCGUCCUUUAUACGGCAUUUCAUGUCAUUCUCUGCUGUCGACAGUUGAGAGUUUGCAAAAGAGAAAAGAAGCCACCGCCCGAAAUGGAAGACGUUAUGUCGCCCGAAGCAUUUCAGCAAUCGAAGGACAGAGAAAUGCAUUCAGUUUGGCUUCAGAUGAGCAGCUAUUUGUUUGAUGCCUUUUUCAGUAUCCUGGAUCUGUACUACGGCAUCCUGGCCGAAAUCUGGUAUGUAUGUGUGUCCUGGUAUAGCCACGCCGAUAUGGUCUGGCUGAAUAUGGCCUUUAUGUCCAUUUUUACCGUCUAUAUGGUGGUGCGACUGCUGCCGCAGCUCUUCUACGAAAAGCUAUCAUUGGAUCCCACCUAUAAUGUGGAUCCGGAGAAAACGGCACCCUUGAUGGGCCUCCUCUGCACCCUGGCCUUUGUGGCGGUUUUUCUCCAGCUGCUCGUUAUUCCAGUGACCGUGAUAUUGGUGUACAUUGAACAGCACACCCAUUGGCUGUUUUCCUUGGUGGUGUGGUUCUUGCUGGUGCUAUUUACUCUCCUUAUGAUGGGUCUGACGGGGAUCUUUGGAGUGCCCUGCCUGGGACGAAGCUACAAAUUGGAGCUGGAGAUCAUGGACGACGAACUGCUGACUACGCUGAAAGUAUUUGGUUUUCCCCUGGACCGGGUCUAUAUGGUGCACACCUUUCAUGUGGGCCGUCCCACAGCCUGGGUCAUGGGCUUGUGGUGCUGCCUCCGACUGGACAUUCACGACAAUCUAAUGUUCAACCGGGGCCUGGCCGUGGACGAUCUGCCGUCCACCCAAGUGGGCUCCGGACUUAAGGAAGUGGAGAUGGCGGCUUUUGUGGCCCACCAGCUGGCCCACUGGAAGAAGCGGCAUGUGCCCAAGGCCAUCGCCAUAAUCCUCGUGACCCUCUUGGUUUACUUCUUCAUAUUCGGUUAUGCCAGCUCAGUGCAGACACUCUACAAGGCGGCCGACUUUACGGAUUUUUAUCCCCAAAUGAUUGGCUAUUGGCUGGUCUACAAAUACCUCUUGCCGCCCGUACACCUGAUUGCCACCUGGAUAGUGUACUUCUUCCUGCGACACUUUGAAUACCAUGCAGAUUCCUAUACCUAUCAUAUGGGCUAUGGGAACCACUUGAAGGCGGCGCUCCUGAAGCUCUUCGCCGACUCAUUCGUCUAUCCCCACAUAGACCACGCCUACCUCAUGUGGCAUCUGACCCGGCCGUCGAGCCUCCAGCGAAUCUCAAACCUCGAGCAACUGGAGGACAGAAAUCAUCAAGUCUCAAUGAUAUCAUUAAUAUAAGUGUUUAAUUAUCUUAAAUCUAAACCGGUCCUAAACUGGACAAAAUAAAAUGUAAUA